AUGGCCUCCGGCAUUCCAGUGGUGAAUGGGGACAUAUCCCAGGGUCCUCAUCAGGUGCCUGGGGGGGAGGGUUCUCCACCCAUGGGAUCCCUGGAAGAGACCCUUCAGCAGAUGACUGUCCUGAUCAAGGAAAACCGUGACUUGAAGGAGGCUCUGAAGCAAACCAACUACACAAUGAAGGAGCGAUUUGAGGGACUGUCAGUGUGGAAGGAGAAACAGAAGGAAGAGAAGAACUUUCUGGAGGGUAAGCUAGAGGAGGCCAAGGAGCACGUUGUAUCGUUGACCAGCCAGAAUGAGGAGCUGAAGAGCAGGCUGCAGAUCCUGGAGGAGAAAACAGAAGGAGGGGCUGGUCGGGGUGAGGUGGUCAGCAAGAGCUCCGAAGCGGAGGCCUUGAAGGGACAGAUAGCCAGGCUGCAGGCGGAGAAGAAUGAUCUGGUGGCCAUGAACUCAGAGCUGCAGCUGAAGAUGGGUCAAGGAUGCCCUGAGGACUCCUUCAUUGAGAUCAGGAUUGCGCAGAAAGGAGAAGUUGACGUGGCGACAGGCCUUCCAGGUGCCCAGAAAGACCCAGCCACACCCAGCUCGCCCCAGUUCGACAUGACGGCGUCCCGCCUGGAAUCCGAGGAGAUCACAGUCAGGCAGCUACUGCAGUCCCUGAGAAAGGAGACCCAGAAGGUGGAGAGGCUGGAGUUGGAGCUCCAGGUGAUGAAGGAGAGAUUGUCGGAGCCACCCGCGCCAGCAGGAAGGAAUACCGAAAGUCAGACGUCCUUAGUGAUGGAGGAGAUGAAUCUAUUGACAGGAGAACCUCUGCGUGAAAAUGCCGUACUAAACCAACAGGGGCCUCCUGAUGAUAAGGCCACCAACGAGGUGGAAGGUCUGAAGGGCCAGAUGAUGACACUGUUUAAGGACCUGCAGCAAGCACAGGGCAAAUUAGAUAGUGCUGAGGACAUGAAGAAGAACCUGCAGGACAGGUGCAGGGACGUGGAGCAGGACCGGGCCAUGCUGAGGGCCCAGCUGGUGGAGAAGCACCAGGUUCAGGAGGAGAAUGAGAGGCUGAAAUUGCAGCUGGAGAGCACGCAGUCCGUCGUCAAGUUGGAACAAAAGAAGGCAGAAGAUGAGAGGAAGAACCUGGCUCAGUUAAAGGAGGCCUACACCAAGCUUUUUGAAGACUACAAUGAGAUGAAGGAAGAGAGGAAGAAAAAGCAGCCGCUCACCACGGAGGAAGUGUGUGAGCUCCAGGCCAGGCUGUCCGCUGCAGAGCAGGCCCUGGCCGCGAAGCAGCAAAAGAUUGAUGAGAUGAAGCAGGAUCUCUUCAAGAAGGAGAAGGAGCUUGAGACCAUAUCUGUGUUCCAGGCACAGGCUGAGGUAUACUCCUCAGACUUCUAUGCAGAGAGAGCGGCCCGAGAGAAGAUUCACGAAGAAAAGGAGCGCCUGGCUGCGCAGCUGGAGUUCCUGAUGAAGCAGAACAGUCACCUUCAGGAGGAGGUGGAGUCCCUAGGCAGGCAGUCCCUGAAUGCGAUGCAGCGGCGACAUGUGUCACGGGGGGCCAGCCCACAUGGGGGCGCUCUACACAACCUGCAGGGGCCCAGAGGUGCUGAGGGCAGAGACUGGCAGCAGCAGGUGAACAUCCCGGAGCACGCCUGUCCCAAGUGUAACGAAAUCCUCCCCGACCUCGACACCCUGCAGAUCCACAUCAUGGACUGCAUCAUCUGAGUGCCUGCCCGCCUCUGCGUCUCUCCACUGAUAACUUUAGGCACUUAUUAAUUUAAUGUGAAAGGACAGUAGCUGAAGUAAUACAUACUGCCCAAAUGAAGCAGCGUGUUGCCAGAAUAUUUGUGUGGGUCACAUAUUGUGUACAGGCUAGCUGGUGGGAUUCCAUUCAUCAAACCAGAGUUUGUGUAAGAGCACCAUUAUUGUCUAUGUCAGGCAUACGGCGGACAGCAUUACAUGUAGUGUAGUCGUUUGGUCCCACAGCCCAAAGGUAUAACUGUCUUGUAACUGUAUUCCUGUAUCACAUGAUUUUAUACUUAUAAUUUGUUACUUGAAUAUGUAGAUUCUUCUUUUAUAACAUGGAAAAUAACCUGCAAAUUCCUUAGCAGAGGUUGAAAUUUAAAGGUCCAGAAAGAACAAAUCCAGACCAUGAUUUAGUUUCAACCAACUAGUUGAGCAUAAAGAGUGACAGUCACAGAGUACUGAGCUAGUUGGUUGAAACAAAAUCCUGGUCUGGAUUUGUACUUUCUGGACAUGAAAUUUCCUUUUUUUUUUUCUUCCCUCCACCCCCCCCCCUCCCCUCUGUGGAGGACUGCUUUAUUUCUAUUCAUUUAUCCUGGUCUGGAUUUGUACUUAGAAUGCAGGACACACUUGCUCUGAAAACAAAAUAAUUCAAGGUAUUUUAGCACAAAAUAAAUUAAAACAACCUAAUAUUCAGGACAUUGGUUUGAUUCAGGAAUUUAUUUUUUUCCCCUCUUUCAGGUUUUAUUUAGAAACAUAUAAAAAUGUUAUUUGUAAUGAAAAUGUGUUUUUCCUUCUUGAAUGAUGGGCCUUUGGAAGUUCUGAGUUGCUAGUUGUUUGUUGGAUUUAAUAAAUCACUGUGUGCGAGUGCCUUGUGACAGAUAGCUGUCCCGUUUGCAGUUAAUUAUGCUACUUUGCACCUUAAUAUUCCCAAUGUUCCAGUAAAGGGGCAACCAAAUGAGUCAACCAUAAAUUUGCACUCAGCUUGCUGAAUGGUGUAGGGAGUCCAGGCCUUUUCCCCAUCACCUCCAGAUAGAUUAUAUGAUGUAACCAAGGACUAUACACUCUGCAUGCCCAACAACCACCCUCGUUUGUGACAGCAUUUCUGAUAGAGUGUAGUUUGCAGUGCGGCACAUUACUCAGCCUUGAACUAUUAAAAUGACUUUUUUUGUUUUAAUUCUGAGCAAAACCAAUACUGAUUUACCUUAAAAGCACAGGUGUUCAAAAGACUAUAUAAAAUGUAGUAUAAAAAAAUGUAAAUUCUGUUCAUUUCGAUUUUUAAUGCCGCUAAUUUUGAUUUGAGAAAUUAUUGGGACAAACUAGAGAUAACCUCUCUUUUGUUUAUUUCAUUGCAACUUGCAUACUGUUUGAACAAUAAAAUAAAGGACUUCACUCUUGCUGCAGUGUA